CUGAAACAAGCUCUAUUGAAUAAACUAUGCCCUGCGUUACAGGCUGAGGCUAUGAGAUCUGAUUGGCGUGAAUGGGAUUUGGAUAGAUUUAUUCAAUUCAUCCUAAAGUGCAACGACGAUCUGGCAAGAAGAAAACGAAGGAAUGCUAAAAGGGUGAAUAUGAUCGCAAAUGUAGUACCCAUGUGA